UAGAAAUGUCAAAGUCAUCGCUUGGACAUGUACGAGAGAAAUCGAGUGCACGUUUGUCAUGAACGGAAAAAUAUUAGACGUUUUAUUUUUUGAAAAUCAAAUAAAAUGUCUGGCAUUGAUGUACAACGGUGUGAAAUAGAAAGAAUAGAGAAAGAUCCACUCGAUUCCAAAAAUUUACUAGCGACAGAAAAAAAAUCAAAUACAGUCGCAGUGGAAUUACUAAAUGACAUUGUAGAAAAUGCUCUCGAUUCCGUCUUGAAUGAAGAAGAUGAAAAGAGAAAACUAUGCAUGGUAGGGGAUAUUGUUGAUCAAUACACGCCAAGAGCAACCAAAGUCACAGAUCUUUUCGAUAUUCCAAGUGACAUAAAAAAUAGAGAAAUUUUGACAUCUACCGAGGAAGAAGUGAAGAAAUUAAUUGGUGAAAUAAGUUCACCAUCAACUAAAGGAACUGGAGAUCAACUAGUUGAAAACGAAGAAAUAAUAGCAAAAAAGAAAUCUUUCUCUUUUUCUUCGAGAAAUUUUACGUUAGAGAAAAAGACAAGGUUGACAGAUCUAGUCAAAAAUUCAAAAAGUUUGAUUUCGAAAUUUCUAUCCAAUGAAUCCAAACCCAAAGACUCUGAGUGGGAGGAACAUAGCGAGGAGUUUGUGAAGUGUGUCGAACUGGGCCAGAUGAAUAAAAAAGAAGAGAAAAAAAACACUUGCGACCAAAAUAUUCGAUCUGUAACUCCAUCACAUUCAGGGGAAAUGAUCAGAAUUCCAGAUGAAAGUGGUAUGGAAAAUAUUAACUUGAAAGAUCAAAUCGUCGAUCAGAAAUAUGAUUUAGAAAUGGACCACAUCCAAAAAUCUAUGACAUUUCCGAUUGCUAGUUGUUCUAAACUUCCAACCUCAGAACAUGAUGGUAAAGAAAUGGUCAAAGAUAGGAAAAAGUGGAAUUUGGGAUCAAAGAUUGUAAACUACAUCAAGAAAAAAGCUUCAAAGAGAGAUAUAUCUGAAGUUUGAAUCUGAUUUAUCUGGUUUGUGAUACUCAUUGAGAAUAAAAUUAUUGGAACAUGAA